AUGGUGCACGGGACCGCUCUCUCGGUCAGCGUAGGCGACGGCCCCUACCAUCACGCGCUUCCUUUUGUGGAAGCGGCCUUGGAGGCGGUCCGUCGUGCUGGCGACGCCUCGCUCACACGGCGAUGUGAGCGAGAGCUUGAGCGGGUGGCGGGGUGGACGUACCGCCUCGAGGAGUUGUUUUAUGAGGACUCCUCCGACACGCCCCCGCCUCCUUCUCUGUGCUUUCUGCUCGAGCGCGAAGAACGAGCGAAGCGGAUCCAGGCGAAAGAAGCGGAGCUCCGACGUCUGCAGCAGCGGCAACAAGCGGUGCUGGACCGGAUGGACGCCUACCUAGACCGGGCUUUCUUCGAGGAUGCCGGUUCCCUCCGCGGCGAGGCGAAGCUGGUGGAGCGCGGGCACGAGGCGAGGAGGCUUGGCGAGGUCGCCGCGAGAGUGGACCAGGAGCUCCAACUCCUUCGUCGAGAGGAAGAAGCCAGCCAGGCGAAUUUGGCCAAGCAACAGCAGAAGAAGAAGGAGGAGGCGAGGACCCGACGUGCGGCAGAGCGUGCGAAGCUCAAGGCCAAGAUCGGCUCGUUCAGCGUGCUGAAGUUCCUGUAG